UUCCUCCUCUCUACUUCGAGCCCCCGCCUCGUCCCGCGGUACAGAAAUAGAGAGGUUUGGCAGAAAGGGCGCUUCUUGUAGUGAGAGCUAGGACACAUCAGCAGAAAUCAAUCUGUCACAGUUCCAGCCUGGUUUUCACGCUCCGGGUCCAGAGUGGUCAUCAUCAGCCGCAGGAGAUCGUUUCCUUCCGUCUGAUCAAGCAGCAGAGCCACGUCCGAAACCCACGAGAGGGUACCCGCUCGGCUGAACACCAAGCCGGGGUCUGUGAAGAGCCGAGUUCGGACGGAUUCGGAAAACAGAGUCGCCCCCGAGGGCUCGUGAAGUGACCGCUAUUUGCCAGAGUGAGCAAGUUUCAGCCGUUAAGAGUUUUUGAGGGAAUGGCAUUGGACUUCGCUGCGGGCUGUAUAGGAGGUGCUGCUGGUGUUUUGGUUGGACAUCCCUUUGACACUGUGAAGGUGCGGCUUCAAGUUCAAAAUGUGGACAAACCUCUGUACCGUGGGACAUUUCACUGCUUCCAAUCCAUCGUACGCCAGGAGUCGGCAUUCGGUCUAUACAAAGGCAUUGGCUCUCCAAUGAUGGGGCUGACCUUCAUCAAUGCCAUAGUUUUUGGUGUCCAGGGCAAUGCCAUGCGCAACCUCAGCCGCGACACACCGCUCAACCAGUUCCUGGCCGGAGCCUCUGCUGGAGCCAUCCAGUGUGUCAUCUGCUGCCCAAUGGAGCUGGCCAAGACACGGAUGCAGAUGCAAGGGACUGGAGAGAAGAAGUCUAAGAGGAAGCUGUAUAAGAACUCCCUGGACUGUUUGGUAAGAAUCUACAAGAAGGAGGGAAUCCGGGGUAUCAACCGCGGCAUGGUGACCACCCUGCUGCGUGAGACACCUGGUUUUGGCGUGUACUUUCUCACGUAUGACGUGUUGACACGCUCCCUUGGCUGUGAGCCAGAAGACCCUUACAUGAUCCCCAAGCUGUUGUUUGCCGGCGGAAUGUCCGGCAUCGCGUCCUGGAUCUCCACCUAUCCCGUGGAUGUGAUCAAGUCGCGUCUGCAGGCAGAUGGGGUCGGCGGUGUCAACAAGUAUAACGGCAUUAUGGACUGUAUCAGACAGAGCUUGCAGAAGGAGGGGUGGAGGGUGUUCACGCGUGGACUCACGUCGACCUUGCUCCGUGCAUUUCCAGUGAAUGCCACCACAUUUGCCACUGUGACUCUGUUUUUAAUGUACAUGCGUGAGGGAGAAGAGUGUAGCAUUCAGGACUCUGAGCCACAGUCCGUCCAGCUGCAGCCUCUGCAGCAACAGACACAGCCAUCCAGCAUGUAAGCCGCUGUGCAGCAUCAGCAAAUCGGUCAAGCAUAGAUGGAACUUGCAGCUUCGUGCAGGUCUGCGAUCUGUUAACUGAUAUCAAUAAUAAGAGAGGUGAACUGAUCCUGGGUAAGCAUCUGUCCACCGAGCUUCAGUCAAGUGACCACGUAGUAUUUAAAUAAUAUAUAUUUUAAGAUAAAAUCUGCACUUGUAAAUAUGGUCUCUUUUUAAACGUCCUUGGUUUUAUACACAUUUUUUUCGAGUUCUAAAUCAUUUAGGAAAAUUAACAGUUACAAGAGUCACGGUUACAGACGUCCCUAAAAUGUUGAGUCAUAGAAACACUUUGUCUUUGAUGCUGUGCUCAGGUCAUAAUGAGUUACACCCGGAAUUCAUUUUAACAGCUGGUCUCCACUAUUAACAACGUGACUGAACUUGUGAUAAUUCAGUUACCAAAAACAUUUGGGCGUGCUGGUGAAAAUUACUGCUUUACAAAUGCAUUAUUCCUUUCUGCAAACUCCAGUCAUUGAAAUGAAUACAAUUUAAAGGUUUAAUUUAUUAAAUUAAAGCAGAUGAUCAGUCGAUAAUAUUAUGUCUGUCUCUAUGUGAACACAGCAUUUCGACAUCAUGCUGUAACGGUUACAAGUACAAAGAGAGCCUUAUACAUAUACAUGUACACUUAUGUAGAUAUGGUUUUAGUCAUUUUUCUUAAGUUACAACUGUGUAUGUAGUUUAACUUUCCUAUGAACAGUCAUAGGAAUUUAAUCCAAAUUGAAUGCUCCCUGACGUUUUAAUCAAGAGUGAGGUUACAAAUUUCCUCUUUUUACUUCAGUUAUUUGUCUAUUUUAAUAAUCUACCUUAGAUUCUGAAAUUUAUUGCGAAAAUGUUACAGGCUCAGACAUUGGCUCAUUGCAGUAGGACAUAAACAAUGUUUGGAAGAAGUCAGAUACAGAAUAAACAUGUCAUAAUUUCUUUAAAAUGUUUAAUUAUUUGACACAGUCAUUGUGUAAAAACCAGUUCUGAUGCAGUUUGUAAUCUCAUCGUUUUGGACAUUGCACAGUGCCCAAAGAAAGCACCUUAUGGUAUUAUCUUAAGCAUACGGUUACAUUUUUGGCAAUCACAUUUUUUUACUUUACACUCAAAAGAUUUUAUAUUUUGUAUUUACCACUAAUGUAAGAAUCUGUUACAGUGUCGAGCAAAAGUGAUGGCUCGUUUUUAAAAGUGGACUUUUAAAAAUCCAAAAUCUGUGUUUAAACCUCCCUCUCCCAGUCAUUAGAUUUUAAGCACAAUCUUUAUCGGGCUCUAUGUCGUGUACACUCUGACCUGCACCACUUACAGGCAGAAAAAGUAAUCGCUCCUGCAAUUUUUAACACUUUGAGCUGCAGAUUGUGUCUGCAGCUCAAAGUGUUAAAAAGUGUUAAAAGUGAAAUUUUACUAACCGUUAACUAAAUUAUAAUAGUUAAAAAAUACCUCCAGUGGAUGUUAAAUGGUCAACUAGAAAUAAAUGAUUCAAUCAUGUAGUUUUGUCUCUAAACAUUUACGAACGUUAUAACAUGACAUUUUCAGACCAGACCAUCAGAGACACAAGUGUUUUGUUGAGAAAUAGUCACUUGUCAAGAGCUUAGUAUUCUGCCAAAAAAAACCCACGAAAAACAACUGAAGUCCAAAGCUUGAGGACCAAAGAUAGAACCAACCUAGUUUUAUAAUGGUUCUGUUGUCUUGAAGUCUCUAAAUCUGACUCUAAAUUUAAAAAAAAAAAAAA